AUGCGGAGCAUUGAGCGGGCGUGGGGUCUUCGGGCCUCCGAUCGUCCAAUUCGAAGCGUUUUCGCUCGACACGUACGACUGUCGUGCCCCGCGGCGAGCACUCGACCCGCAAGGUCGUUUGUCUUGCACGGAGCCGACGUCGGAAAGGAAUGCUACCUGGUUGAUCCUGCCAGUAGUCAUAUGCUUGUCUCAAAGAUUAAGCCAUGCAUGUGUAAGUAUGAACUAAUUCAGACUGUGAAACUGCGAAUGGCUCAUUAA